UCUCCUCCGCUGGUCCCAGACAGGACAGCUCGCCGUCACCCCCUUUAUCAUACUCGUUUUCCCCUUUUUUCCUUUUUCGGCAAUUGGAGGAUUGCAAAUUUGUUUUGUUCGUCACUGGCGGGAACCCUGCUCUGUUGGAAUCCUAGAUUCAGUCCUGUUUUUUUUUACUUUUUUUCGAGAUUCGUAGUCGAUUGUCAGUAGUUGGGUCAGCUUUACUGGUUCGGAACCAGUUAGGAUUAAGGGAUGGGAGUUUCGGAUAAUUCGAGGGGGUUGAUACUGGCAGUGGUUUCGAGUUUGUUUGUUGGGAUGAGCUUCAUCUUGAAGAAGAAAGGGCUCAGGCGAGCCGCGGCAGCUGGCACACGCGCAGGAGGUGGAGGCUACACGUACUUGUUAGAACCUCUUUGGUGGGCCGGAAUGAUCACAAUGAUUGUUGGAGAGGUCGCCAAUUUCGUUGCUUAUAUCUAUGCUCCAGCUGUUCUUGUGACCCCUCUUGGUGCAUUAAGUAUUAUUGUUAGUGCUGUUCUGGCACACUUUAUAUUGAAGGAACGUUUGCGACAGAUGGGAAUACUGGGAUGCGUUUCAUGUAUUGUAGGGUCCGUCGUCAUUGUUUUGCACGCGCCAGAAGAGCAUACUCCUAGUUCGGUACAAGAAGUCUGGAAGCUGGCUACUGAACCAGCAUUUCUUAUAUAUGUUGCAGCCACAUUAUCCAUAACACUAGUGCUGAUACUGCAUUUCGAGCCUCUCUAUGGGCAGAGGAAUAUUUUAGUGUACUUGGGGAUUUGUUCUUUGAUGGGAGCACUUACGGUUGUCAGCAUAAAGGCGAUUGGUAUCGCCAUUAAGCUAACCUUAGAGGGGAUCAAUCAAUUCAUAUAUGCAAAGACUUGGUUCUUCAUUUCAGUUGCAGUAAUCUUUGUGAUUAUGCAGUUGAAUUAUUUGAACAAGGCACUUGACACUUUCAAUACAGCUAUCGUUUCUCCUAUAUAUUAUGUGAUGUUCACCACCCUGACAAUCAUGGCGAGUGCUAUAAUGUUCAAGGACUGGUCGGGUCAAGACGCGAGCAGCAUUGCCUCUGAGAUAUGUGGAUUCAUUACUGUUCUCACCGGAACCAUCAUACUUCACAUGACACGAGAAGAGGAACAGCCUAAUGCUACAGGAACUGUAACUUGGUUUGAUGGAGACCGGUCGAAAGCAGAUCGGGAGGAACCUCAUUUCAUUACAUUGGAUAAUUCUGAUUACUUUGACUGAUCAUUAUUUUAUGAGAAAUCAUCAUAUUGUUGCAAUGAAUCCAUAUCAGCAGUUGAGGCCCCAUCUCUGUGUAAUGCAUUUGGAAGUUAAAUUGCAUGAUCUUCGUUGGGGUGGGGGAGAAGACGAGUUUGCAAUGGCUUCAGAACUUCAUCCGACAGGACUCGGAUUCUGUACAUAUCUUGAUGUUUUCCUAUACUUGUUUCUGGUAAAAGGUUUGUGCGUUCAUUGGUUUGGUUUCUUGGUUUGCCCAUCUGAGGUUGAUAGUUUCUUCAAUUCUUUUGACAAAUGUGGCUUCUUCAUUUGCCCAUCUACGGUUGUAGUUUCCCCUCAAAAUGAAAAUAUAUGUAUUGAUCAAUAUAUGCAACUUGAGUGCUA